AGUGAGUGAGUGAUGUUGUUGCCCUCCCUUGUUGGUGUUGUUGUUGUUGCUGCUGGCUGAUUUUGCACCGAUCCACGCUCGCCAUCGGCUUACUCACUCUGUCCCUACCUGCCGGUGGAUUGCGGUGGUGAAUGAUUCUGGAAAAGAGCAGCAGGGCACCAUGAGCGGCCAUGACGCCAAGUAUUUCACUACCACUAAGAAGGGCGAGAUCCAUGAGCUCAAGGAGGAGCUCAAUUCACAGUACAAGGAUAAGAAGAAGGAUGCAGUGAAGAAGGUUAUUGCUGCGAUGACCGUUGGAAAGGAUGUGUCCAUGUUGUUUACAGAUGUGGUGAACUGUAUGCAAACAGAAAAUUUGGAGCUCAAGAAGCUUGUAUAUUUGUACCUGAUCAACUAUGCUAAGAGCCACCCUGAUCUUGCGAUCCUUGCUGUAAACACAUUUGUGAAGGAUUCACAAGAUCCAAAUCCUUUAAUUCGGGCACUAGCUGUCAGGACAAUGGGUUGUAUCAGGGUUGAUAAGAUUACGGAGUACUUAUGUGACCCUUUGCAAAGGUGUUUAAAGGAUGAUGAUCCUUAUGUUCGAAAAACUGCGGCCGUUUGUGUUGCUAAGUUGUAUGACAUCAACGCAGAGCUGGUAGAGGACAGAGGGUUUCUCGAGGCUCUGAAGGACAUGAUAUCUGAUAGCAAUCCUAUGGUUGUUGCUAACGCCGUGGCAGCACUUGCUGAAAUUCAAGAGGGUAGCAGCAAGACUAUUUUUGAGAUCACAAAUCAUACACUGUUCAAGCUUUUGGCGGCUCUAAAUGAGUGCACAGAGUGGGGUCAGGUUUUUAUACUGGAUGCCUUAUCCAAAUACAAAGCUAAAGAUGUCCGAGAUGCUGAAAAUAUUGUAGAGCGCAUAACUCCUCGCCUGCAGCAUGCCAAUUGUGCUGUAGUCUUGUCUGCUGUGAAGGUAAUCUUGCUACAAAUGGAGCUCAUCACAAGCACAGACGUCGUGCGAAAUUUGUGCAAAAAGAUGGCACCACCUUUGGUGACACUUUUAUCAGCAGAGUCUGAGAUCCAGUAUGUGGCACUUCGUAAUAUUAAUCUCAUUGUCCAACGACGCCCAAACAUUCUUGCACAUGAGAUCAAGGUAUUUUUCUGUAAGUACAAUGAUCCUAUUUACGUAAAGAUGGAGAAGCUGGAGAUUAUGAUCAAACUUGCCUCAGACCGUAAUAUUGACCAGGUUCUAUUGGAGUUCAAGGAGUAUGCCACAGAAGUUGAUGUUGAUUUUGUGAGGAAAGCAGUUCGAGCUAUAGGACGAUGUGCAAUUAAACUGGAUCGAGCAGCUGAACGCUGCAUCAAUGUUCUCUUGGAUCUGAUCAAAAUCAAAGUUAACUAUGUUGUGCAAGAAGCAAUUGUAGUAAUUAAGGAUAUUUUCCGAAGAUAUCCCAACAUGUAUGAGUCCAUCAUUGCUACACUUUGUGAAAAUUUGGAUACUCUUGAUGAACCUGAAGCAAAGGCCUCUAUGAUUUGGAUCAUAGGUGAGUAUGCUGAACGUAUUGAUAAUGCGGAUGAGCUGCUUGAAAGUUUCUUAGAAACAUUUCCCGAAGAGCCAGCUCAAGUGCAGUUGCAGCUUCUUACUGCUGCUGUAAAGCUAUUUUUGAAGAAGCCUACUGAGGGUCCUCAACAGAUGAUACAGGUUGUGCUGAACAAUGCUACACAAGAAACCGAUAAUCCAGACUUGCGGGAUCGCGCAUAUGUAUAUUGGCGUCUACUUUCCACGGACCCUGAGGCUGCAAAAGAUGUUGUUUUGGCCGAGAAGCCUACAAUUAGUGAUGACUCCAAUAACUUGGAUCCAUCUCUUCUGGAUGAUCUGCUGGCUAAUAUUGCUACACUUGCAUCUGUAUAUCACAAGCGUCCUGACGCAUUUGUAAGUCGUGCACGAGCGGUUGCUACAAGAGAGGAGGAUGAUGAGUAUGCCGAGGGCCAGGAUUCUGGGGCUGGAAAUUCAUCAGCUCCAGUUCCUGAUAUGGCCACACCAAGUGCAGUAGUGCCUCCUACUUCUGCCGCUGCUGCAGUUGAAGCAACUUCUGUUCCAGCUCCUGUACCUGAUUUAUUGGGGGAUCUCAUGGGAUUCGAGUCGGCCUUGGUACCAGUUGGAUCUGCUACUGCGGCAGCUUCGUCAGACCCUCCUUUACCUAUCCUACUUCCGGCAACAACUGGUCAGGGUUUGCAAAUCUCCGGACAAUUGACCAGGCGUGAAGGAAAAAUCUACUACAAUCUCAAAUUUGAAAACCAUACUCAAACUCCCCUAGAUAAAUUUAUGAUCCAAUUCAACAAGAAUACAUUUGGUCUUGCUGCGGGAGGACCUCUUCAGGUGCCUCUUAUCCAACCUUCGGGCUCAGCAAGCACAUUGCUGCCUAUGGUUCUUUUCCAAAAUGUCUCCGAGGGUCCUCCCAAUUCCGUGCUUCAAGUAGCAGUCAAGAACAGCCAACAGCCUGUAUGGUACUUUAGCGACAAAAUUCCGUUGCAAACACUUUUUGUCGAAGAUGGUCGCAUGGAGAGAGGAACCUUUUUGGAGACCUGGAAGUCUUUACCUGAUUCACACGAGGUUGCCAAGGACCUUCCCAAUGCGGUGAUUACGAAUGUGGAUGCUACUCUGGAGAAGCUUGCCACUACCAACCUAUUCUACAUUGCUCGACGAGUGCUGAAGGACACUAACCAAGAGGUUCUUUAUCUGUCUGGCAAAGUGCCACCGAGCAUUGCGUUUCUUGUUGAGCUCACCUGCAAAGUAGGCUACCCAAGUGUCAAGUGUGCAGUGAAGACCCCAACCCCAGAGAUGGCCCCAUUAUUCUUCGAAGCCAUUGAGUCUCUUUUGAAGUAGAUUCUGUACGAGCUUGGAUAAUGAUUCUUGGCAGCAAGCAUUGCUCAGGUCUAGUCUACAUCUGAGAGGUAGAUUUCCAGUUAAGAGUAGGGAUACAAAUUCGUAGUGGCUGUCGCAGUUGUUGGAGGACGACCCUGUUACAGGAUUCUGUUGCAUCGAGAUCUUACUCCCGACUUUUGACACGUGCCUAUUUCAUGACAUAUGAAUGAAAUGAGAUACUAAUGAUUUCUCUCCUUUGCCCUAAUCAAUGGGGCAGUUUGGGUGCAAUGAGAUUCUCAUCACGGCAGUCUUUGCCACUCA